UCGGACGCAAAAUUACCAAAAGCCUGAAAGUAAACAAAAUUUGUAAUUUUUUAAAUCGAAAUAACAGUAAAAGUAUUGAGCAAAAAAUAAAUAAGUGAUGACCAUUAAAAUCUGACUUAUUUGCUACUAUGCGGUCAUAAUUUAGAUUAAGUGGUUUAAAUUUGAGGUUAUGUAAUUUUGGUAUUGUCUUGUGCAGUGAAGAAAUCAAAAUUCUCAAAAAUGGACGAUGAGCAAGACCUUAAAAACAUGAAUGACUUUAUCAACAAUCAAAAGUCGUAUCAGGACACUUUUCAAGUCGAAUUUCAGGAUUUUGUCAACUUCAAGCAGGAAGACACCAGUGAUCAGGAAUUUGAUGAAAAAAUAACCCCGUACCAAAUUCAGGAGUCUCCAGAGCAGCCCCCAAAUCUCACACUAUCAGAAGACGAAAAACAAGUAAUAGAUUCAUGUUCAGACCCUGAACUAAAACGGUUGCUUGUUCUAAAUCGCUCAAAAAACUUGCAACUUUUAAAACUUCAAAAAAAAAUUCAACAACUUUUGCAAGAAUGUGAAGCCGAGCUUGGGGAAAAAAACAACACUUUGAAAAACUCAGAACCGAAACAAAGCAGUCACCAAACAAACAUAUGGAAACUUGCAGCACCCUAUUUUAAGGAUGAGAGAUUUUUUUCCUCGCCACUUAAUGGGGAUGCUAUUAAAAAACGUGCCAGAAAUGAAUUAAAUAUCUAUGAUUUGGUACCCUCACCGAAGUGGACGCCGAUAGAAUUUGAUCGAUUACACAAUGCAGUUAAAUGCAAUUAUAAUAUAAAUAGGCAAACUGCAAUUGUGGCUAAAAUACGUGUGUUGAAAGCAAAAGUCUCAACAGGGGGCCCCGAAAAGCAAACUAAGUUAAAAGAAAUCGUGCAAUUGAGAGAAGAACUGGAAAAAAUUAAAGAUGAUGAGGAAAUUCCACCACUGAAUUCAAACGAACAUAUCAGUUGGUACAAAGUGUCUGAAACUUUUUUGAAAGAUAAACACACUCCCUUGGAAUGCCAAUCCGUAUGGCACAUGCUGCUUCACCCCCAAAUAAACAAAUCGGAAUGGACCGAAGAAGAAAACAAAAAAUUGGAAAAAAUCGCAAAACAUCACUCUUAUCAAAACUGGGAUUUGAUAGCCUCAGAACUCAACAACAAUCGCACCGGAUUCACCACCUGUCUCCACUACUUCAGCAAAUUAUGCGACAAAUUCAAAAAAAACAAAUUUACUCCAGAAGAAGAUUCAUUUUUAUUAGAAGUUGUCGACAGUUACAAAAUCGGUAAUUUCAUUCCAUGGAAUAAAGUAGUUUGUCAUUUCGACAACCGUUCACGACACCAACUCUACCAUCGCUACACUUACUUCCUAUCCCAAAACCAUGUCAAAAAAGGGAAAUUUUCCGAAGCCGAAGACAUUCUACUCACAAUCCUCGUCAACAAAUUCGGACGAAAUUUCAAAAAGUGUGCCGAGUAUAUGCCUCAUCGGUCACAAAUCCAACUCAAAAGUCGAUAUAAUUCAAAUUUGCAAAGAAAUAUCAAAAAGGGGACGUUCACUGUCGAAGACGAUGAAAUCAUCUACAACUAUGCCCAAGAACAUGGAGAGAAAAACUGGAGCGGUUUAACCGAUCGGUUAAAACGUUGCAAUGCACAAAUUAGACAUCGAUACAAAUUAAUAAAGAGUUUUUUACACGAAAAUCCCGACUCGGAAUUACGGGAUAUACCAAAACGGAAGCACCGAUUUAACGAAGUGAGCGACGACCAUUUCAGUUUCUUGAAUUAUAUUGCGGAACAGUAUAGGGAUUUGGAUGAGAUUCCCACUCUUGAAAUGAUUCAAGAAAGUCUUAAAGCUGAAGUGAAAACUUCUGAAACAAAAUUUAAAAAUGUAGAUACCUUACUUAUCGACUUUUUUAAAAAUACUACUACAACUACACACAAGUUUGUUUCGGAAACAUAUCUUGUGGAAGCUACCGAAAAUGCACAAGAGGUAUUGACCACUCUUGGAGUCAAUUUAGAUAUACCAAAUGACUUGCAAUGCAACUCAAAUUUAGACACCAUAGACUUGGAAAUUUUAGAAAGAUUAUCAAAGAAACAAUCCGACCAAUCAACUAGUAGUAGUAGCAAAUUAGUUCCACCAAAUUUGAGCACUUUAAUAGGCUUGAGAAGCUUAAUCCUUAAACACAAAGAAUACAAACAGAAACAUAAGAAAAGUGACAAAUUAGCGUGGCCUAUGGAACAAAACUGUGAAUCAACUAGAAAUGAAGUUUUGUUUCAUCGAGAAUUGUUUUCAAAACGUUUUGAUACACUUUUUGAUUGGAGUGCAGUGUUGUCGUUAGAAAAACCAAAUCUAGAAUCUGAGCCUUCAACAUCUACGAAAAGUGUCAAGAGAGUUAGUCAGUCUGAGAAUACUGUAGUAAAAAAAAGAAAGAUUCAUGUAACCGAUCUUGCAAAUAUAAGCAAAACAGAUAAAUCACAACUUAGGUUAGUUGAUAAUAGUGUGGUUGAAAGGUUGAUGAAAAGUAAGAAAAAUAUUAUAAGGAUUGAAACAGUUACUGAUUCUAAUGGUACAGUGAGGCCUGUGUUUGCGUCACAAAAGAGUGGUAAUCAGGUGUUAAAAAAUGUAGUCGAUCAUGGAGAUGUCCAAGAUGUUGAAAAACUUAACAAUAUGUUGAAAACAAUGAAGUCUGAAGCAAUUCCCGAGUCUGGUAACGAUGAAUAUCAAGCAAUUAAAGGAGAUGUGCAACUCUUGAAGGAAAUACUUCAGUAUGAAAAAAUCAAAACAAAGUCAGAUCCUGAUGGUUAAGUGUCGUUUUCAAGAAAUUUGUACCUUCAUGAAAGUAUUAAUAAAUAGUUGCUUUUUACAUAUUUUAGUUUCUUGUUUGUCAAUGGAAUAAAAAAGGAAAUUUUCAAUACAUUACUGAAAAGUGAAGUGCAACUCUUAAUAUGAAAAAAUAAAAACAAAGGCAAAGCCUGUUUUCUGGAAUGGAAUAAAAAAGGAAAUUUUCAAUACAUUACUGAAAAGUGAAGUGCAACUCUUAAUA